AUGGCAUCCUCAAAAUCCACCUUCAUGAGUGCGAGUUGGAAGAAGGGCAUAUUCGCAAACAAAGUCGUUUUCUGUACCGGCGGGUCUGGCACAAUCUGCUCAGGCCAGGUACGCGCCCUUGUUGCCCUGGGAGCGAACGCUUGCAUCGUCGGCCGAAACCGCAGCAAGGCCGAACAGGUCGCUGCAGAGAUAUCGGCCAUCAGGCCUGGGAGCGUCGUUCUGGGGAUCGGAGACGUCGAUGUACGCGACCCAAACAAAGUAAAUGCGGCGGUCGAAGAAUGCGUCCGACGUCUCGGAGGGAUUGAUUUCGUGAUAGCCGGCGCGGCUGGAAACUUUCUCGCACUCGUGGACGAGUUGUCACUCAACGCGUUCAAAGCAGUAAUCGACAUCGAUCUCAUCGGUUCAUGGAUCACAGUCAAGGCGACGAUACCGCACCUACUCAGGUCGGCGGAAAGGCACAAGAGCGACGAAAAUUCUGGUACCGGUGGCCGUAUCAUCUUCGUUAGCUCGACGAACUACCAUAGCGCCAGAGUCGCUCAAGCACACGUGUGCGCGGCAAAGGCCGGCGUCAAUGCCAUUUCCAAUGUCCUCUCUCUAGAGUACGGGCCGAGAGGCGUGACUUCCAACAUCAUUGCGCCCGGUCCGAUCGACGACACAGAAGGCUUGCGCCGCUUAUCGUCCCCGGAGCGACGACAGCAAGCCAUUCAGAGUGUGCCCCUGCAGCGGUUCGGUCUCAUCAAGGAUAUUGCCGAUGCCACGGUAUUCCUGUUCGGUGACACAGGCAACUUCGUCAACGGAGCGUGCAUUGAUGUUGAUGGAGGGGCGUGGAGAGUUAAUGGAGGAGCGCAGCCCGGUAAUCGGACUUAUCCUGCCUCUGUCCAACCUUCAAAAACACCAAACCACAAGUCAGCGAGCAGACUGUAG